AGCCUGACUGCCCAGCAAGCCGUGAACAUGUUCCGGCUCCUCAGCCACACCAAGCGCUGCUUGCAGGCGCAGCGGGUGCUGCAGCGGCCGCUCCGGCCAGUCCAGCUUCCGGUGAUGGUGCAGCAGAGCAGUUUCUGCUCAGCUUCGGUGCAGCCCCAAGCACAGACGGCCUCCUUGUGGCCCAAGGAUGUGGGCAUCCUUGCUCUGGAGGUAUAUUUCCCUUCCCAGUACGUGGACCAGGUUGAGCUGGAGAAAUACGAUGGGGUGGAGGCAGGAAAAUACACGGUGGGGCUCGGCCAGAAGCAGAUGGGCUUCUGCGCAGCCCACGAGGACAUCAACUCCUUGUGCCUGACCGUCGUGCAGCGGCUGGUGGAGCGGAGCCAGCUCUCCUGGGGCUCCAUUGGCCGGCUGGAGGUUGGCACAGAGACGAUCAUUGACAAGUCGAAGGCUGUCAAGACGGUGCUGAUGCAGCUCUUUGAAGACUCGGGGAACACGGACGUGGAGGGCAUCGACACCACCAACGCCUGCUACGGGGGCACCGCCUCCCUCUUCAACGCCGCCGACUGGGUGGAGUCCAGCUCCUGGGACGGACGCUACGCCGUGGUGGUUUGUGGCGACAUCGCGGUCUACGCCACCGGGAAUGCGAGGCCAACGGGUGGAGCAGGAGCUGUCGCUAUGCUGGUUGGACCCGAUGCCCCCCUGGCUUUGGAGAGAGGUCUCCGAGGGACACACAUGGAGCACGUGUAUGACUUCUACAAGCCGGACUUGGCCUCGGAGUACCCUGUGGUGGACGGGCAGCUCUCCAUCCAGUGCUACUUCCGAGCCCUGGACCGCUGCUAUGCCACCUACCGCAAGAAGAUCGAGAGCCAGUGGCAGAAAGCUGGGGUAAGCAGGCCCUGCAGCCUGCAGGACUUCCAGUUCAUGAUCUUCCACACGCCCUUCUGCAAGCUGGUCCAGAAGUCGCUGGCCCGCAUGCUGCUCAACGACUUCCUCGCCUCUCCCCAGCGCGACACCGAGAGCGGACUCUACGAAGGCCUGCAGGGCUUCAGUGAUGUGAAGCUGGAGGAAACCUACGCCAGCAAGGAGGUGGACAAGGCUUUCCAGAAGGCCAGCCAGGAGCUGUUCCGGCAGAAGACGCAGCCCUCCCUUUUCCUGUCUGCCCGCAACGGCAACAUGUACACGCCAUCCGUGUACGGCUGCCUCGCAUCCCUCCUGGCACAGCAUUCUGCCCAGCAGCUGGCCGGCUCCAGAAUCGGGGUGUUCUCCUAUGGCUCGGGGCUGGCGGCCAGCAUGUUCUCCCUGAAGGUGUCCCAAAAUUCCGCCCCAGGCUCUCCUCUGGAAAAACUCGUCUCAAGCCUUUCCGACCUGGGGGCCCGGCUGGACUCGCGGAAGCGUGUUCCCCCCGAGGAGUUUGCGGAGAUCAUGCAAGUCAGAGAGGACACGCACCACCUGGUGAACCAUACGCCGCACGGGGCCAAGGAGGACCUCUUCCCGGGAACCUGGUACAUAGAGCAAGUGGACGAGAAGAGCCGCAGGAAGUACACGCGGCGGCCCCUCUAGGAGAGAGCGGAGCUGCUACCCACCGGCCACUCCCGCUUUUGCCACUUUUCUAAUGCGAUAUUAUAUCCAAAAUUUUGUUGCAUGACUGUUUCUGCCCAUGUUUGCUCACGAGGAACUCUCCCAUCCCUGCCUUUGCCCCCAGGGCUUGUGCAACCUGUGGAUUUGCGUGCAGUGCACCCGCGGCUGCCGCCUCCCACGUCCGCUUUGCUGGAAACAUCGGCUGCUUCUCUGAGCACUUCUGUACACUUUGCUGGGUUGGGAAAGUUUGUUUGAGCACAACACGUAUUUUGACACCAA